AUGGCGGCCGGCGGCGGCGGAGGCAGCAGCAAGGCCUCCUCCUCGUCGGCCUCUUCGGCAGGGGCUCUGGAGUCCUCGCUGGAUCGAAAGUUCCAGUCGGUAACUAACACGAUGGAAUCCAUUCAAGGCCUGUCGUCCUGGUGUAUAGAGAACAAGAAACACCACAGCACCAUCGUGUACCAUUGGAUGAAGUGGCUGCGGAGAUGUGAGUGUUGGGGCGUCCGGGGCAGGGAAGGCUGGGGACGGAGAGGGACAGUCAGCGCUACACUCGGGGGGCUCUCGGCGCGGUGGCCCUCGCAGGAGCUGGGCCCCGAGGGCCCCCCAGACCAGGCUCCAUUCCCUGCCCGGCUUGCCCCGGAGUGCUCUAUUCUCGGGAUUUUUAAGCCAGCGACUUGGUCUGACCUUGGGCCCAACGCCCAGGUCCAUCAAGAUUUCCCUGCUCGAGUGAAGGACCCAUCUGUGUCUAAGUCUGUAGAACGAAUCUUUAAAAUCUGGGAAGACAGGAAUGUAUACCCAGAAGAAAUGAUCAUGGCAUUGAGAGAAGCUUUGAGUACCACUUUCAAAACUCAGAAGCAGCUGAAAGAAAAUCUGAACAAACAACCGAAUAAGCAGUGGAAGAAAUCACAAACAUCUACAAAUCCAAAAGCUGCUCUCAAGUCUAAAAUAGUUGCUGAAUUCCGAUCUCAGGCCCUCAUUGAAGAGCUACUGCUCUACAAGCGCUCAGAAGAUCAGAUAGAAUUGAAGGAGAAACAGCUGUCGACUAUGAGGGUGGAUGUGUGCAGCACAGAAACUCUGAAAUGCUUAAAAGAUAAAACAGGGGGAAAGAAGUUUUCUAAAGAAUUUGAAGAGGCAAGCUCUAAGCUGGAAGAAUUUGUGAACGGAUUAGAUAAACAGGUGAAAAAUGGACCCUCACUAACAGAAGCCCUGGAGAAUGCUGGCAUUUUCUAUGAAGCACAGUACAAAGAAGUAAAAGUGGUGGCUAAUGCAUAUAAAACCUUUGCUAACCGCGUAAAUAAUUUAAAGAAGAAAUUGGAUCAGUUAAAGUCAACCCUUCCUGAUCCUGAAGAAUCCCCAGUCCCUUCCCCAAGCAUGGAUGCUCCCUCCCCAACUGGUUCUGAGUCUCCAUUUCAAGGAAUGGGAGGUGAGGAGUCCCAGUCACCAACUGUCGGGAGCGAGAAAUCUGCCACACCCGAACCUGUGACGGACAAUCGUGAUGUGGAAGACAUGGAGCUCUCAGAUGUGGAAGAUGAUGGAUCCAGAAUCAUUGUAGAGGACAGGAAGGAUAAGCCUGUGGAGAAGACAGUUGUCUCCACUUCUGUACCUACAAAGCCAACGGAAAGUAUCUCAAAAGCUUCCUCGUGUGCUCCAGUGCCUGCGACCAUGACAGCAACCCCAGCUCUUCCAAAGCCUGUGAAUACGUGUCUUCUGUCCCCUUCCCCAGCUUUGGCUUUGCCAAACCUGGCUAAUGUGGAUCUAGCAAAGAUCAGUUCCAUCCUUAGCAGUCUGACUUCAGUCAUGAAAAAUACUGGGGUCAGUCCUGCAUCAAGACCCUCUCCAGGAACUCCUACCAGUCCCAGCAACCUUACCAGCACCCUGAAAACACCUGCACCUGCCACAACCACACCCCACAACCCUCUGGCAAAUAUCCUCUCGAAGGUGGAGAUCACCCCUGAGAGCAUUCUGUCUGCUCUUUCCAAAACGCAGACACAGUCAGCCCCUGCUCUGCAAGGUCUGUCGUCUUUACUUCAGAGUGUUACUGGGAACCCAGCUCCAGCCAGUGAAGCUACAUCCCAGAACACUUCAGCCUCCCCUGCUAACACCACAGUCUCUACUAUAAAGGGAAGAAAUGCACCCUCCAAUACCCAGUCAUUUAUUCCCAAAAGUUUCAACUAUUCUCCUAAUUCAUCAACUUCUGAAGUCUCUUCAACUUCAGCCAUCAAGGCAUCAAUAGGGCAAAGCCCAGGGCUUCCAAGCACUACUUUUAAACUGCCGUCCAACUCUCUAGGGUUUACUGGUACCCACAAUACUAGCCCUGCUGCCCCACCUACUGAAGUUGCCAUGUGCCAAUCUUCAGAGAGCUCCAAGCCAAAACUGGAGUCAGAGUCCACCUCCCCAAGUCUGGAAAUGAAGAUCCACAACUUCUUAAAAGGUAAUCCUGGUUUCAGUGGCUUAAAUUUAAACAUCCCAAUCCUGAGCAGUUUGGGAUCCAGUGCCCCACCAGAGAGCCACCCCUCAGACUUCCAGCGUGGCCCUACUAGCACCUCAAUCGACAACAUUGAUGGAACCCCCGUACGUGAUGAACGGAGUGGGACUCCCACCCAGGAUGAGAUGAUGGACAAGCCCACAUCCAGCAGUGUAGAUACUAUGUCCCUGCUUUCUAAGAUCAUUAGCCCCGGUUCCUCAACACCCAGCAGUACAAGAUCUCCACCCCCUGGGAGAGAUGAAAGCUACCCCCGGGAGCUCUCCAAUUCCGUAUCUACAUAUCGACCCUUUGGCCUGGGCAGUGAAUCUCCCUAUAAUCAGCCUUCUGAUGGAAUGGAGAGACCAUCUUCCCUGAUGGACUCUUCACAGGAAAAGUUCUAUCCAGACACUUCCUUCCAAGAAGAUGAGGAUUAUCGAGAUUUUGAGUAUUCAGGGCCUCCACCCUCUGCCAUGAUGAACCUAGAGAAGAAACCAGCCAAAUCUAUCCUGAAGUCAAGCAAGCUUUCUGAUGCCACCGAGUACCAGCCAAUCCUAUCCAAUUAUAGCCACAGGGCCCAAGAAUUUGGGGUAAAAUCUGCUUUCCCUCCAUCUGUAAGGGCCCUCCUGGACUCUAAUGAGAACUGUGACCGUCUUUCAUCUUCCCCUGGGCUAUUUGGUACCUUCAGCAUAAGAGGGAAUGAACCUGGGCCUGAACGGUCACCAUCACCGAGUAAGAAUGAUUCAUUUUUUGCCCCUGACUCCAACCACAAUAGCUUGUCUCAGUCUACCACUGGGCAUCUCAGUUUGCCACAGCAGUACCCAGACUCUCCUCACCCAGUCCCACAUCGUUCCCUUUUCUCUCCGCAGAAUACCCUUGCUGCUCCCACGGGCCACCCACCCACAUCAGGCGUGGAGAAAGUCCUGUCCUCCACCAUUUCCACCACAUCGACGAUUGAGUUUAAGAAUAUGCUUAAAAACGCCUCUCGCAAGUCCUCAGAUGAUAAGCAUUUUGGCCAAACCCCCAACAAAGGCACUUCAAGUGAUGGUGUCAGUCUGUCAAGUCUCGCCCAGCCCAGCCUGCCCACCUCUGAUCAGCAGCAACAAGAAGAGCACUACCGCAUAGAAACCCGCGUCUCCUCCUCCUGCUUAGACUUGCCUGAUAGCACCGAAGAAAAGGGGGCCCCUAUAGAAACUUUGGGUUAUCAUAACGCAGCCAAUAGGAGGAUGUCAGGGGAGCCAAUACAGACCGUAGAGUCCAUCCGAGUUCCUGGGAAGGGAAAUAGAGGACAUGGGCGAGAGGCUUCAAGGGUGGGUUGGUUUGAUUUGAGCACAUCAGGCAGCUCUUUUGACAAUGGUCCCUCAAGUGCCUCUGAGUUGGCAACCCUUGGGGGUGGGGGCACCGGAGGACUCACUGGCUUUAAAACACCAUACAAAGAACGGGCACCCCAGUUUCAGGAGAGUGUCGGCAGCUUUCGUUCCAACAGUUUCAACUCAACAUUUGAGCACCAUCUCCCCCCAUCCCCCUUGGAACACGGGACACCCUUCCAGAGAGAGCCAGUGGGGCCAUCUUCUGCCCCACCUGCCCCUCCUAAGGAUCAUGGUGGUAUCUUCUCGAGAGAUGCACCUGCUCACCUGCCCUCUGUGGAUCUUUCGAACCCUUUCACAAAGGAGGCAGCCCUGGCCCAUGCUGCCCCACCGCCUCCUCCUGGAGAGCACAGCGGAGUUCCUUUCCCUGCCCCACCCCCUCCUCCACCCCCUGGGGAACAUAGUGGUGGGAGUGGUGUCCCCUUUACUACACCACCACCUCCUCCACCCCCUGUUGACCACUCUGGGGUUGUACCCUUCCCCACCCCAUCGCUAGCAGAGCACGGAGUGGCAGGGGCUGUGGCAGUAUUUCCCAAGGACCAUAGUUCCCUUCUUCAGGGGACUCUAGCUGAGCAUUUUGGCGUGCUCACGGGACCCAGGGACCAUGGGGGCCCCCCUCAACGGGACCUCAACGGCCCUGGCCCUGGCCUUAGCCGUGUGCGGGAAAGCCUGAGCCUACCCUCCCACCCUCUGGAGCACCUGGGUCCAGCCCAUGGUGGAGGAGGUGUGGGGGGCAACAGCAGCAGUGGCCCCCCCUUGGGUCCCUCACACAGAGACACCAUCAAUCGGAGUGGUAUGAUUUUGCGGAGUCCCAGGCCAGACUUUCGGCCUAGGGAACCUUUUCUCAGCAGAGACCCAUUCCACAGUUUAAAGAGACCCAGGCCACCUUUUGCUAGGGGCCCUCCGUUCUUUGCACCAAAACGCCCAUUUUUCCCUCCCAGGUACUGAUGGAACCAAGGGAAAAGCAUUUGGAACAGUCUAGAGAACCUUGAAAGUAGGAGUUUGGAUUGUUGUUGUUUUUUGUUUGUUUGUGGCCCCCCCCCGCGCUUUUUAUUAUGAUAAGAGCCUGCCUUCCAAAUUGAAAAAGUUAUACAUGCCUACAUUUCAUUAUUCCAUCAAGUCCUCCCACUGCAUUCACUACUUUCCCAGAGUUGAUUGCAUUUGCUGGGAAGAAAAGCCCACAGCCAAAGCCACUUCAUUUGGCUGGGGGCUUGGAGCCUGGGGAGGAAAACCAGUCUAUAUUUUAUCCCAUCUAUUGCAGACUAUUUACUACAUUUGAAAUAAAACUUCCAUCAGUACAGAUGAUAACAUGUGCAAUGUUGGGGUGUUAUUUGGGGCUUGCCUAUCCACUAGUCAGUGGAAGGGUUCCUGUGUCCUUCCCUUUUAAGCUUGGUGACUGCUGACAGCCAAAGGAUGGGAAGCAAACCUUGGGCCUGUCAGGUUGGUUUGUUUUUGGAGAUUUUUUUUAAAGACAUGUUAAAGUUCCUUAUUCUAACAUUUUUUUUUUUUUUUUUUAAAUUAGCCUCUUCCUCCAAAGUACUAUCUGACAAUAACUUUGAGGCAUUACAAACCUCAUUCUUACUAGAAAGUUUUCUUUUUUGGAGUGAAAGGGAAGAGGCUAAGUAUAAAUCCAAGGUGAAAAUAAGCAAGUAUAAUAGAUAAAACUAGAAAAGGAACUGUUGAUGGUGGUAUAAUCUGACUAUCCUUUGUAAACAAGAAGAUAGGAUGUGUUUUGAAAGUUUUCCACAAAUCUUGUAUCAUGCUCUUGCUUCCUGCUUUUUUUUUCCUGGUCUUUCUUUUUCUUCCUCAGUUUUUACUUCUCUUUUGGCUAGAAAGUCACUAUAGUUGACCAUGGAUACAAACGUUCAACUAAGACAUUAUCCCUGUAUCUUUUAAUAAAAGAAAUAGACAUUAAUGUUAC